GCGCUGUUUACCUCCCCAAUCCUGUGCUGUGGCCAGCUGGACAUAAACCAUAAUUCAGACAGUCUAAACUAUCCCGGAAAUACAAAUGUAAGGUAUUUUACAUUGAAUCCUUCACGGAGUUAUACAGACACAUAUAUUAGUAAUACUGUAGUAAAGGUGUCAUGAAUAAAGAGAUCAUGUCGCGCGUGGUGAAGAAGAGGCAGGCGGACCCUAAAGUGGUUCAGUACGUGUGGGCCGCCAUUGAGGUCAUACGCAACCAGAAACAAAUUGCCAACAUGGACAGGAUCUCAAAGUACCUGAGCCGUGUGUUUGGCAUGCACCCAAAGGAGACAGCCAGGCAGCUGAGUCUGGCAGUGAAGGAUGGCCUGGUCGUAGAGACUCUCACUGUGGGCUGUAAGGGCUCCAAGGCUGGCAUCGAACAGGAGGGCUACUGGCUGCCUGGAGACGAGCAGGAGCCCAAUGCCGACGGAAGCAAGACGGAGAAGGAGCCGCCAGAGGAGGAAUGGGAGGCGGAGAGCCACGACUGGUACUGCUUCGAGUGCCACCUGCCCGGAGACGUGCUUGUGUGCGACAACUGCUUCCGUGUCUAUCACCUAAAAUGUCUGUCUGAUGAGUACAAGCCCCGGGACAGUGGAUCCCACUGGCAGUGUGUGGUGUGCAGGGGUAGUAAAAAGAAGAACCUGAACAAGCAGGAGAUGUGCAGAUACCUGCGUUUUAUCAUUCAGCGAAUGAAAGAGAGGGCCGUGGACCUGAACAAGAAAGGCAAAGACACUCAACACCCGAUGUACAGAAGGCUCAUCCAUACCACGCUGGACGUCUCCAACAUUCAGGAGAACCUAACCGAGGGGAAAUACAAGAGCUUCGACGAGUUCAAGGCAGAUGCCCAGCUGAUCGUGCACAACACUGCCAUCUUGUUUGGAGUUCAUAGUGACCAGGCUGAAAUAGCGCGGUUGCUCUACAGUGACACAUGCCAUGAGCUGAACGAGUUGAUGCUGUGUAAGAACUGCUUCUUCCUGUCCAACGCUCGGCCCGUCAACUGGUUCUGCUACCCCUGUACUCCUAAUCAUGAGGUUGUGUGGGCUAAGAUGAAGGGCUUUGGCUACUGGCCGGCCAAGGUCCUGCAGAGAGAGGACAAUCAGGUGGACGUCCGCUUCUUUGGCCACCAGCACCAGAGAGCGUGGAUCCCUGCAGACAACAUCCAGGACAUCAAGGUGUCGGUGCAGCAGCUGCAGGUGAAGCGCAGCGCGAGCUGGAAGAAGGCCUGUGAUGAGCUAGAGCUGUCCCAAUGCUUUCAGAGGGAGGGCCGCUUCUGGAAAACCAAGGCGGUGGAGAGGCUGGAGGAGAGGAGAGGAGGCGGAGAAGAGAGGCUGACAGAGAGGCCGGAGGAGGCAGAGUACUCAAUCUCCUCCACCAGCAACAACAACGAUCAGGUCAAACAUCCGAAAGCAGACAGACAGGCAGACCGAGACCGUCAGCCAGACAGGCAGGAGCCUAAAGCAAAGAAGAGCCGUCGCAGUCAAGCUCCUGAGCCCAAAGAGGAAGCCACUGACCCGGAGCCUGAGAUGGAGGCUGUGAGCAGCAGCCAGGAGAUCCCUGUGACGACUCCCCAUCAGCCAGAGAAGCUGUCUGUCUCCACGCAGACCAAGAAGGCCUCAGCCACCUUGCCACGCAGCCUACACCGCAGCACCCAGACCACCUCUGACGGAGCCUGCCAGAACAUGUGCCACGAGAAGUACACCAAGAUCUUCAACGAUGUCAAGGACAUGAUGAAGGCCGACAACCAGAGGGAGACAGAGCGCAUGGUUCGAGAGGCCCUGGAGAAGCUGCGUUCUGAGAUGGAGGACGAGAAGAGGCAGGCGGUGAGCAAGGCAGUGUCGGGGGGCCAGGCUGAGAUGGAGAGAAAGUGUAAGACGGUGAAGGAGAAGUGUAAGGAGGAGCUGGUGGAGGAGGUGAAGAAGAUGGUGGCCCAGCACAAGCAGCUCAUCUCCACCACCAAGAAGAAGCAGUGGUGUUAUAACUGUGAGGAGGAAGCCAUGUCAGUUCUGACUGUGUGUUUAUCCUCCAGUGUUAUAACUGUGAGGAGGAAGCCAUGUCAGUUCUGACUGUGUGUUUGUCCUCCAGUGUUAUAACUGUGAGGAGGAAGCCAUGUCAGUUCUGACUGUGUGUGUCCUCCAGUGUUAUAACUGUGAGGAGGAAGCCAUGUCAGUUCUGACUGUGUGUUUGUCCUCCAGUGUUAUAACUGUGAGGAGGAAGCCAUGUCAGUUCUGACUGUGUGUUUGUCCUCCAGUGUUAUAACUGUGAGGAGGAAGCCAUGUCAGUUCUGACUGUGUGUUUGUCCUCCAGUGUUAUAACUGUGAGGAGGAAGCCAUGUCAGUUCUGACUGUGUGUUUAUCCUCCAGUGUUAUAACUGUGAGGAGGAAGCCAUGUCAGUUCUGACUGUGUGUUUAUCCUCCAGUGUUAUAACUGUGAGGAGGAAGCCAUGUCAGUUCUGACUGUGUGUUUGUCCUCCAGUGUUAUAACUGUGAGGAGGAAGCCAUGUCAGUU